AUGCCAACAUAUGUAAAAUUUUUUAAGGACAUUUUAACGAAGAAGAAAAGAGUCAAUGAGAAAGAAGUGAUAGCGCUAACGCAGGAAUGUAACGCGUUAGUAAGCAACAAUCUACCAAAGAAGCAGAAGGACCCCAGGAGCUUCACAGUUCCUUGUUCGAUAGGAGGAUUAGAUGUGGGUCAUGCAUUGUGCGAUCUAGGAGCUAGCAUUAAUCUCAUGCCACUUUCAAUUUUUAAGAAAUUGAGGAUUAGCGAAGCACAACCAACUUCUGUCGCCAUUCAGCUCACUGACAGGACAAUUAAGUACCCAGAAGGGAAUAUUGAAGACAUUUUGGUGAAGGUUGACAAUCUCAUAUUCCUAGCAGACUUUAUUGACUAUGAAGCAGAUAGGGAGGUACCAAUUAUCCUUGGACGUCCCUUCUUAGCUAUUGGAAAAGUUUUGAUUGACGUGCAUAAAGGUGAAUUAAUUAUGUGCGUGGACAAUGAAGAGGUGAAGUUUAAUGUGCUUAAUGCAUUAAAGUUCCCAGACAGUGAAGAUUGUCAACUAAACAGUAUUAAGUUGCUUGAAGAAGAGACUCAUGUAUGUGAGGUCCUCGCAUUGAGGAGACCUUGA